CGAAUCCUCGAGCUGACCGUCAGCUUCUCUCAGCCCAUAGGCAUACAUAAGGCUCCGCGCAAAGUUUUCUUUGGCCGUUGUUCGACUAACAGACGUUUGGUUCGCUUCUGCAGUUCCGACUUUACCUACCUAUUAACAGCCAUGGCAUCAUCGUCGGCGCAAGCGGAUGGCGGGGUCAAGCUUGAUCCUCAGGAAGAAACUCCCCGGGGCAUGUCCUCUCAGAAGCGCGGAACCAAGAGAAUCAGGACGCAAUCUCUCCCGCCGCCAGACCUUCCCAAACUCGUCGCCGAGCAGCACCAGCCCAUUCCGGCGAGCGACAAGGACACGCAAAGGCUCAUAGUCGUCCUCUCAAAUGCUAGUCUCGAGACGUACAAGUCGUCGCACGGCGGUCGCGCCGGCGCCGGCAAGGACGACAAAUACUCGCUUCUCAACAGCGACGAGCACAUUGGUAUCAUGAGGAAGAUGGGUCGCGACAUUUCGGAUGCGCGCCCGGAUAUCACUCACCAGUGCUUGCUUACCCUCCUCGACUCGCCCAUCAACAAGGCCGGAAGACUGCAAAUCUACAUCCACACGGCCAAGGGCGUGCUUAUCGAGGUCAGCCCGUCGGUCCGGAUACCGCGCACGUUCAAGCGGUUUGCGGGUCUGAUGGUGCAGCUGCUGCACCGCCUCUCGAUCCGCUCGACGACGUCGCAAGAGAAGCUUCUCAAGGUCAUCAAAAACCCCAUCACUGACCACCUUCCGCCCAACUGCCGCAAGGUCACGCUGAGCUUUGACGCGCCGGUGGUCAAAGUUCGCGAAUAUGUGGAGGACCUAGACCCCAACCAGAGCAUCUGUGUAUUCAUCGGAGCUAUGGCCAAGGGACGCGACGAUUUCGCCGACGAGUUCAAGGACGAUGCCAUCUCGAUCAGCAACUUUUCGCUCAGUGCAAGCGUGGCAUGCUCCAAGUUCUGCCAUGCGGCCGAGGAAGUGUGGAACGUUCUCUAAAAUGCCCCGGAUACCCCGACUUCUGGUUUCUAAUCGAGCAGGCGAGCUGCGGGGAAGGAUUUGCGGGCUUUCGCGUCAGGCUACGAUCACAACAUCAAAGCGCUGAUGCGAAGUCCCGCCACGUUGAGGACCUGUGGACAUGUCUUUGUUUUUGCAACCAAAACAUCAGGCUUUCAACAGACUCACCAGGCUUUCUUUUCCGCAGCGCACUUCAACUUGCUCUGCGUCUCCCAUUUUCUCCUUGUUAGUCUUGGUAGCAUUAGUUAGGUAGGAAUACGGGCGGCGUUGGCGCGUGGGAGCCCCGGCAGGGCUGGAGAUGUAAUUGGCGACACGGAUAUACCUAUGACUUAUUGUUGUUCACACGUGACGGGC